UCCAAAACUUCUUCCUCAACGCUUCUCCCUUCCCUCUCAACUCGAAUACAUGCCCCCAGCUGUUCCACACGCCUCUUCCUUCUUCCAUCUCGCGCUAGCUAGCUGUCCACCGCUUUCCCACUCACUCCCUCAGAGCCCAUGGCGGCCCACCAUUCACCGUCGCCGUCCGGCAGCAGCCGCCGCCUGUCGGAGCUCCUGGGCGAGAAGCAGGAGCCCUUCUCGCUCGACCUCUACCUCCUCGAGAAGGGCUGCUCCCCUGCUCUCCUCGACGCGGCUGGCUGCUGUAGUUGCGCCACCCCAACGUGCUGGCCGAGGAGCAGCAGCAUAGGCAGGACGCUGUGGCAACCGGCGGCGAGCAAGAGGGCGCGUGCGGGCGGCGUUCUCAGGCUUCUCCUCUCCAAGAUCCUCCGCGGUACGGCCGCGGCCAAGAAGAAGAAGCAGCUGCACCGGGCCGCCAUUGACUGGGGCUGCGUCGACGGCGAGAACCAGAAGCGGUCGAGCCGUGUCAAGAACGCCGCUUUCCUGUCAUCUCCUUGCCCCCGCGCCGUGGAGGCCGACAUGGAGGAAGCCGACGAGGAGGAGAAGCAGCUAAGCCCUGUAUCAGUGCUGGAGCAUCGCCUGUUCGACCAGUCGCCACCGGCGCACGCGCAGAAAGCCUUGGUCAUAUUCAGGGAGCUCCUGCAGGCAGCCUACACUCCGACACUGCUCGACCCCCUCGCUGACGCCAAACGCAGCAACAGCAACGCCAAAGACAGCCUCUGCAACAACAACGCCUCAACGCCAGCGCCGGUGCCUGCGCCAACGAGGAACAAGCGUGCACAAUGGGACGACCUGUUCGAAGAAGAGCAAGCUAGGGUGGCCGACCUCAUAGCCUCCGAGAUGGCCGGAGCAUGGCUGCAUCCAGGGGACGUGCGGCCGGAGGGGCGAAACGUCGGUGCCGACAUCGCGGCCGCCGUGCUGGAGGCGCUGACGGUGGAGGCGGCGGAGGAGCUGAUGGGGAUGGACCAUGGUUGAGCCGCUUGUGCGGUUGACACGGCACGGUGACAGUGUUGGUGCUGACGAUUUUGACAUCCGUUGUUGGGUUUCUGGUAGAGUAUGUGUGCAUUUGAUGUGUAUUGUAUGGUAGAUGGUGGUAUUUCGGUUGUGGUGUUUGGUUUAGUUGUUGAUAGACCCUAGAUAGCUACCUCUGUUUCCUGGCGAAGCAGACUUUGUGUAUAUGGAUUGCAAAUGAUGUAGUUAAGAAAUAAGAACAAUAAUA